AUGGUUUCGGAUCUAACAUACACCUACACGGCCAUUGCUGCCCCACGAAACAUCCGCCUUAUUCACCUCCACCCUGGAAGUGAGUCUGAUCCUGUCUCUCUCUCUCUUGCCACUGUUGCCCUCGACUCUGUCCCCGAUUAUGAAGCUAUUUCGUAUUGCUGGGGUCAAGCCACGGACCAGCGCCAAGUAACAUGCAACGGUGCAACCCUCUCCAUCACCAACAGCCUCUUCACCGGACUGGUCGCGUUUCGUCGGCCAGAUCAACCCCGCCUUCUCUGGGCAGAUGCCAUCUGUAUCAAUCAAGAUGACCUGGUCGAGAAGCGCGACCAAGUGCUCCUUAUGCCUGAUAUCUACUCACAGGCCAAGCGCGUGCUCGUAUGGCUCGGGAUCGCCGAUGAUCCCGUGUACGGGCGUGUGCCUCUGAACGUUGUAGACUCAAUCCAAGAGGCCUUACAAAUGAUUCCCGAGUUCAACCCCGAAGAUGCCUCUGGAAUGAUAGCGACCGUGCAGGCGCUGUACGAAGAUUCGAAACGGCUACGUGAACAAGGCAAGCCGAAUCUGUUGGAUCAUGAUUGGCUUCCUCUGCGCGCACUCGUGGCGCGCCCAUGGUUCCGUCGGAAGUGGAUGAUACAGGAGAUCUCUCUCGCCAAGGAAGUUCUAGUCCAUGUUGGCAACGACGUCCAACUCCCAUGGCUAAAUAUAGGACAGCUGAUGUUCAGUAUCGGGAUAUUGAACAUCGACAGGGCGGCAGGCCUGCAAAUAGACAAGGCGCUGAAUCCAAUUCACCAGGGAGACAGAGACGGCACUUUAAGGGAGCCCAUAGGCGGCGAAGGAGAGGCUAAGAAAACAGUGAACCGCUCUACGUUUUCGUUUACCGCGGCGCUGCAAUGUGCUGCGGCUAUCUACAUGGUCCAACUUUUUCGACAUGCUGGCACGCUCGUGGACGGAAUUGUGGUUGCGCAGUUGUUUGAAUGUACCGACCCGAGGGAUCAUGUCUACUCGCUUUUGAGCCUAAUUUCCUCAGGUCCAACCAUUCAGCCCGACUACGAAGCCACCCUCAGCGAAGUGUUCCGCCGUUUUGCCAAGGCAAUGCUGGUAGAGGGUCAAAGCCUAAAGAUUCUCAGCCUGGCACCCAACAAGCACCUGUUCUAUGAACCAGACCCGAAGGAGGUUGAGGGCCUCCCGUCGUGGGUCCCCGAUCUGCGGAAUAUUGACAACAACAUCUUGACGGGAUCUUCGGUUCGACCCCAAGCGUUCUUCGCUGGCGGAAAGAACAAGCCUAUCCUGCAUAUAUCUGCGGACGAUCGUAUCCUCAGCUGCUCUGGCCGGAUCGUCGACACUGUCAAAGCCUUCUCCACUUGCAUGUUAGACAUGGUCCUAGAUGAUAUGCCCGAAUUGAGGGCGAACCCGGCGAUUUUCCUAGAAACUGACGAUCCUCUACCAGAGCGGAGGCAACGGCGUUUCGCGCGCUGGCUUGACGAAUGCUAUAGUCUUGCAUUUGGUCACCACUAUUCGGCUCGAGACGUAUCCAACCCUCGGGACGAUUUAAUGUUGUCCUUUGCGCGGAGCAUGAUGUGUGAUAUCGACCUCAUGAGGAAUCGCGCCGAUCCAGAGUCUAUAGCCAUGUUUCCUCAGUACAUGGAGCAGAUAUUUGACGACGUGGAAAAGGGUAACUUUGAAUUGGAUACCAAGUCACCCAAAAUCUCUACCUAUUUGUCAAAUUUGGGAGAGAUCGUCAGGAGUUUCGCAAUGCCGUUAUUCUGUGUAACAAGAAAUGGACGCUUUGGGCGGAUACCUCAUACUUCUCGUGCUGGUGAUCUUGUGUGUAUCUUGGCUGGUGCUGAGACACCGUUCAUCAUACGCCCGACAGGUCGUGAAACAUAUACCAUGAUUGGAGAAUGCUAUAUUGACGGAAUAAUGGAUGGCGAAGCAAUAGAAGGGUUCUCUCUAGAUACUAUUGAGUUAGAGUAG